CCUGGGCUCGAUGUGCUGAGUGGAGCCGGCCGAGGGAGGCCUCGCAGGGACCCACCUGGGGAAUCCGAGGCGGCGCAGGGAGAAGCGGGCGAUGCUCCCGGACAGGAGCCAGGGAGUUCGGGCCCAGGGACCCCCGCGGCUUGGCUUGGCUUGGCUUGGGGGCUGUGCAAUGUGUCAGUCUUGCAGGGCAGGGAGGACGAACCCGGCUGGACGCUGAGCAUCGCCUGCGCUCCCCCCCCCCCGCCCGGUGGACUUCGGUCUCACUGGCUUGAGAGCCUCCCGCAAAAGAGCGGCUGGGGGGCGAGGCAGGAGGGCGGCUCCCCACGCGGGUUUCGCAGCCUCCAUGACCCGAUGCGUCCGCGGCAUUGGGGGGGGGGAGGCCGGCUGGACCGCCCGGAUCCUUCCCGGACGCCUCCCGCGGGGGAAGCUGCGAUCAGGCUCGCUUAAUGGUUAACUGGCGGCCGCCUCCCGAGCUCAGCAGCCGCGCCGCCCAGGCAGAGGAGCAGAGCGGCGGCGGCGAUGGCUGUGCGGCUGGACUCGCUGGAGCGCUGCCUGGAGCGGUACCUGCCCGCCGCCGAGCUGGCCGAGGCGAAGCGGCUCCUCUUCGGGGAGCCCCUCAGGCCACUGGAACUGCCCAAGGAGGCUCUCUCGGCUGCUGCAGAGAGGGACUUUGAGUUGCAGGGCCAUAAGUUUGAAGCUGCACCUGAGCAGCUGCGGCAGCCACGCCUGGUCCGAGUGGGGCUGAUCCAGAACAAGAUUCCUCUGGCUACGGACGCUCCAGUCGCUGAGCAGGUAACUGCACUGCACAGCCGCAUACAAGAGAUUGUGGAAGUGGCUGAAAUAUGUGGAGUAAAUGUGAUCUGUUUCCAGGAGGCUUGGACCAUGCCCUUUGCUUUCUGCACACGAGAGAAACUGCCAUGGACUGAAUUUGCGGAGUCAGCAGAAGACGGACCCACCACAAGAUUCUGCCAGAUGCUGGCUAAGAAACACAAUCUGGUUGUGGUCUCUCCCAUCCUGGAAAGGGACGCUGCCCACGGAGGAACUCUGUGGAAUUCAGCCGUGGUCAUUUCCAACUCUGGUUCUGUGCUGGGGAAGAGCAGGAAGAAUCACAUCCCUCGGGUGGGCGACUUCAAUGAGUCGAGAUAUUAUCUGGAAGGGGACCGAGGACACCCAGUGUUUGAGACCCAGUUUGGGAAGAUUGCGGUGAAUAUUUGCUUUGGUCGCCAUCAUCCCCUCAACUGGCUCAUGUACAGUUUGAAUGGAGCAGAGAUCAUCUUUAACCCUUCGGCCACUAUUGGUAAACUCAGUGAAUCCAUGUGGCCCAUCGAGGCAAGAAAUGCUGCCAUUGCCAACCACUGCUUCACCUGUGCCAUCAACCGCGUGGGGACGGAACUUUUCCCACACCCCUUUACAUCUGGAGAUGGAAAACCAGCCCAUCAUGACUUGGGCUAUUUUUAUGGCUCAAGUUACGUAGCCGCUCCAAACGGAAGUCGGAGCCCAGGACUGUCACGAACCCAAGAUGGACUCUUAGUGGCAGAGAUGGACCUGAAUCUUUGCAGACAAGUUAAUGAUGAAUGGAAUUUCAAGAUGACCGGAAGGUACAAGAUGUACGCAGAGGCACUUGCUGCAUUCGCCCAGCCUGAUUUUGUGCCCAACCUCAUCCGAGAGUGACCUCUCUGCCCAAGGAGGAGGCUCUUCUGCAGAUAUUUCCAUCUGUACAGGAAUGGCCUCUUCUUUCCAAACUUUCUUUUCCUGACUGUUCUCCUCUCUUACAUUAAAAGCUGCCCUGAUAACUUC